AUGGCGGCCCCCAAUCGAAAUGACGGUAUCCAAAUGCUGCUCCAAGCUGAAAAGAAGGCAGCGGAUAAAGUCGCUGCAGCCAAGAUAAGGAAAGCAAAACGCGUUCAGGAGGCUCAGGCUGAUGCGGAUAAGGAAAUGGAAUUUUGCAGGAAGGAAUACGAACGUAAUUACAAAAUACAAGAAGAGGAAGUUUUUGGUCUUCAAAAUAACACCGAGGCCCAGAUUACCGCAACAACCCAAAAGACUCUUGAGAUGCAAAAUGAAUCGUUCAGGUUAAAUCGUGAGAGUACUCUAAAUGGACUUUUGGACACUGUUCUCACUAUCUCUCCCAAAAUCCAUAUUAAUUAUCGUCCUAAACAAAGGGCCUAA